UAUCCAUCAUUAAUUUCAAGUGAUGGAUGAAUUAUUUGAAGAGUUAGUAGGCUAUUUGAUGCAAGAAGAAGAAGCAAAUAUUCAAGAGAAUAUUAAUCAUGAGGCUCACAAUUCUAUUACCGGCGGUACUGAUGAUGAUAAUAUGAUGACAGUGGCGAUGAUGGACAGUUUCAACAUUAAUGUUGAUUAUGAGCGAGCUGGAGAUUGCUAUAAUCCCCAUAUGGAUCUACAAUUUAAUGUUGAUGAUAACGGUUAUCAGUUGGGUGCAUUAUUAAAUGAUGAAUGCUUAACUGAUCUUCCAUUACUGGAUGCCAUGACCGGUAAUUUUCAAGGAGACUGUGUUGCCGGUAAUCCAUCCGAUGAUAGAAUCCAGUGUGACCGUCUAUUACCGGGUGUCACUGAUACUUCUCUAGAAAAUUAUGAUAUCGAUCAGUACUUCAAUCUGAUGGAGACGUCAACAGUGCAGCAGAAAACUGAUGAAUUAUCAUCACCAUCUAUACCUGAUCAUCAACCACAACAACACCAACAACUAGAGGAAGAAAAAAGGCAACAAGAACUGGGAAAACAAGCAUUAAUAGCACCAGCUGAUGACCGUAACGAGGAGGAUAUGGAAGAGGAAGAGGAUGUGUUGUUAGCAAAUGAGGCUGCCGCCAAUGACGAGGAUAUUGGUGAUGAUGUUGGUGCAUCCAGUAAGAAUUUGAAGUCAGAACGUAAUAGACGGAAGAGGUUGAACCAACAGUAUUUGACAUUAAGAUCCAUCGUCCCAAACAUUACCAAGAUGGAUAAAAGAACUGUUCUUGUUGAUGCUCUGGCUUAUCUACAAGAUAUAAUUCAGCAGACACAAACUGAAAUUGAAAAUCAGAACAAAGUAAUCUCAUCACUUAAUAAUUCUUCCGUGGCAAAUGAGGAAAUGAACAAUCUGCCUCUUCAUCAUCACAAUGAGGAUGCAGCACCAGCAGCAGUAGAGAAGAACGUCGUAAAUGUUAGUGGCAGUGAUGGCCAGGUCCCACCAUUAUUCCUCACCUUACUAGUUGAACCAGUGGCGCCACCAGGUCCACCACCGUUCGAACGCCGUGCAAUUUUUCCAGCCAUAAUGCAGAUGGAAACUGAGAAGUUAGACGAGGAGAGAUAUGUGUUAAGGAUUGUGUUCAACACAGCAUUGGGAACAAUGGGUCUAGUACAAAGAUCUGUAGAAAUGUUGGAAGGCUUUGAAUCCAUAAAUGUUGCCCUUUCUGCGUACGAUCAACAUCACGUGCAAUCUUCAAACUUUCUACGCGUUAAGAAAAUCAAGGGAUCUCUAUUACAGACUAAUGAAGAAGACCUCCUAAACAGGGCGAAAGAAAGUGUGAAACAGUUGGGACUUCUUUUUCUUCCCUUCGUUUCUUCCGCCGAUAAUCUAUAACCCGAGCUCAUGCAGUUCUCUAUUUAGAGAAAGUGAAUUUUCUCUGCAUGCCAAGAAUAAAAUAAUCUUAUUAUUGUUUUUUUUUUUGAAGCAUUAAUCUUAUUAUUGUUAAACUC